AAGGCUGGCAAGAGCAGCGCGAUGGACUGGAACCGCUUUGACAUCUAUGAGAAAGUGGUGCAAUGGUUUGACGUGAUCGCCGGUGUGCUACAGAACCCGGAAGUCUUACAGGAGAACGUGUACAACAUGGACGAGACGGGUGUAAUGCUGUCGAAGCUGAAUUCUGUGAGGGUCAUCAUGGAUAGAACGAACCGGCACGGCUGCCGAGGCGCACGUGUGAAGCGGACGACCGUGACAGCAGUCGAGUGUAUGAGUGCUGACGGGCGAUAUCUACAUCCGAUGAUCAUCUGGCCCGCGGCCACCCACCGAGCGAACUGGGUGACUCAUCCUACACCUGGAUGGCAUUAUGCCUACUCCGACAGCGGAUAUACAGACUCAUAUCUCAGCCUGCAGUGGCUCCGUCUGUUCGCUCUUCAGCACCAGAUCAUACUUUGCCGCCUGCCUUCCCACACAUCCCAUAAACUGCAGCCAUGUGAUAUCUCCGUCUUCGGUCCACUCAAAGGAGCAUAUCGUGAUCAGGUAGAACGGCUCGAGCGAGGCGGCGUAGGAACGAUCGGCAAAGAGCACUUCGCUAUGUUGUAUUGUUAUGCGCGUGAGAUCGCGUUCACGCCCCGGAACAUCCGCGCAGGAUGGUCCAAGGCAGGUUUGUUCCCAUUCUGUCCCGAAAGAGUGUUUCGUGAUCUACCGCACGGCGCUACGCCUCCUGUCAUAUCAGAAUCGGGGAACGGGGAUGCGGCUGGUCAGCAGGACGUUAAUAUACGAACGUGGUCAAUACCAACCAUUCCAUCCACACCGACAAUACCCAUAACACCUGUAACUCCGGUAGAUCUUGCAGGUAUCACAGCUUUGCGCGAUGUGAUCCGACGCGAUGUACAAGAUCUGGACAGCGGUUCCUACCACCGCUUACAGAAGCAUGUUCAGAAACUAUCAAAAGCUGCUGAAAUUUCUUUCGCCGAGUACGCACUGCUCGAGCGGCGCAACGACUUCCUGCAAAAGACUAACAGCGAAGCUCGGGUACGGCGAUCAACGAGACCAAAAGUUAUCGGAACAGCGAGGGUAAUGAGCUACGAGGAUUUGGAGAGAGCGAGAGAUGAAUGGGCACUUCGAGACGCGAGACCGAUCUCAAAGCGCAGAUCGAGUGCUAGGGCUGUAGCGCACAAUGCUAUUAAUGAACCUUCGAAUGUAGUCCAGACUAAUAUCGAUUUAGUAAGCGUACAAGAAAUACGCACAGAACCGGUUGUUGAAAGACACGAGGAAUAUCGAGUGCCAACUGCUAGAAUGUGGUAA